AUGGUCUUCCUAUGCACCUACUUCGCCAGGAGCGAAGCAUCAAUCUUUAGCUUUCAUGAACACAUACCCAAAGUUCUCAGCUACAUUCGAAAACUUUGGGAAAUAUCCGAAGAAGAAACACAAAUGGCAAUAGAAGACCGCCACUAUGAACCUGUAAUGCAAAGGAAUGUGUUUGCUCAUUCGGCUGGUCCCACUCACGCCACCCCCGCCCAGCCGACAACAACCGAGCCUGAACCAGUAGAGACCCCAGCUCCAACUCCUUCUGAGACAACAAUCACGAACUCACCAUCUGGCGGCGUUGUGACGACUGUCCCAACGAUCAUCACGGCAGCUCCUUCCCCUGGUAGUGUUGGAACAGCUGCGCCAACACCACAAGUCACUGUGGUAACAAUUCCUCCAAGUGCUCCCGGGAGCGGGAACAUUACGAUUACCCCAUCUACUCCUGGAGUGGUGACCCUCGCGCCAACAACAAGUGCAACGGUGCCAGUGACUCUUCCCCCCAGCGCCGCACCUGGCACAGCGAUUCCGACAGCCCCCAACACAACAACGCCUGUGACGAUCGUCCCCACGGGUAUCAACAUUACGACAUUGGCACCCACUGCAGGAGUUGGUGCCAUUGAGGCAUUCCUGGAAGCAUCGGUAUCCCCAGGAGGCGAACUAAAAAGCCUGGGUACUGCUCAAAACAGCGCUCUAAACUCUGUUCUGCUGAACUUCGGGACUCGGGAUCCUACCCUACCAGCAGACCAGCUUGUCCUGAUUAACUCGUAUGCUCUGAAUACAAUAUACUUCUCAACAAUGGGUGAAAGAUGGAGGCUUAACACAAACUGGAACUCGGCGGUUCCCCCAUGUGAUCCCGUCCAACCCUGGUUCGGCGUCACUUGCGACGUAACAGGCCUUGUGGUGAAUAUUUCUCUCCCAAUGAAUGAUGCACUUGGCCCACUACCAUCUGAGAUCAGAGCCUUUGCAGCUCUAUCGACAUUGGACAUGAGCUUCAACUCCCUCCUCCAAGGCUUGCCAACAAACUUGGGGGAGCUUCAAAACUUGCAAUUGUUGGAUCUUCGAAGCAAUUUCUUCUCUGGUGCCAUCCCAACUGAGCUGGGCUUGCUUCCUCUCAUUAGAGAGCUACAUCUGGCGUCCAAUCUCAUCGGAGGAUCCUUGCCUCUUGAGCUCGGCAACAUGCUGACUCUAGAGGUACUCAAUCUCGAGGGGAUGCCGACUGUGCAAAACCCGGCUACAAACAUCAUUGGCACGAUCCCUCCUCAAAUCGGAAAUCUAGUAUUCUUGAGAGAGCUGAACCUGGGAAUGCAACUGCUUUCAGGUGUACUUCCACCGGAAUUGGGACAGAUGGCCAUGCUCGAGACUCUUUGGACGUAUUCAAACCAGCUCAUUGGCCCUAUUCCUGUCGAGUUUACAAACUUGUUUUCUUUGAGGAGCUUUGUUUCAUUUGGAAAUGGUCACACGGGGCAGAUUCCUGACAUCUGGUUGAACAUCAUUUUCUUGGAACGUCUUGAUCUGUCCGGAAACGCGCUUUCAGGGACGUUGCCUCCGUCACUCAUGGAAAGCCCAUCAUUAGCGUCGUUGACACUUCCGGACAACAGAAUCGGAGGGAAUAUAAUGUUGACCGCCACGAGUCUUCCUUCCAUCCAGACGCUGGAUCUCGGGAACAAUACUUUCGUGGGGACGAUUCCCCCCUUGCUUGGGGUCCUCCCGACACUUGUGAAUCUUUUUCUGAACGAUAACAACUUUGCAGGCGCCGGAAUUCCAGUUGAGCUCGCAGGUAGCCAAACACUGAGAGCGCUUAACUUAUCGAGAGCUGGCCUUGGUGGACCGAUUCCUCUAGAAUUUGCUACCGCAGGGAAUCUUGAGGAACUGUGGCUCUCGGAGAACUCGUUCGUUGGUCAAAUUCCAGCUACGUUUGGCGACGUUGGAUUCUUUGGUCUUUUCUUUUUGAAAACAUUGAAAUUGAACAACAACGCACUCACAGGCAACUUUCCAGCUACGUUGGCCAAUCUCGUGAGUCUCGAAAUACUUGACAUUGGCGAUAAUCAGCUGUCUGGCGCUAUCCCUCCGGCAGUCGGAAACUUGGCCUCGAUGAGAGAGCUCAUCCUCGGAGGAACCAUGGGCAAUCUCUUCAACGGUAAUCUUCCUUUGGAAAUCACGAAUCUCCUAAAUCUGCAAGUAUUGGACUUGGGUCCAUCAGCGUUGCAAGGCCCUCUUCAUACGGAGAUCGGAAGGCUUCAAAAUCUUCGAAUUCUAAACCUUGAUUCAACAUGGAUGAGCGGUAACAUCCCAUCCGAGCUUGGAAAUCUCGGUAGCCUAACCAGGAUGGAUUUUAGGAUUGGAGCAUUCCUGGGUACUGUUCCAUCGGAAAUUGGCAAAGUUCAAGGCCUUGAGUACAUGGAUCUCCAGUUGUACGGCGGCUUCGAGGAUAACAUCGUUUGGGACACGAUUUGCGUUCCAAUUGAAGGAGCCAAGGCAAGCCGAAGUGUGCUUGGGAAGGCAUUGCAGCAGGCAGACCAAACGAACAGUUCAUUUGCUUUGAACAACAUUUCACUACCGACAAUGACUCCUUCCGUUGGUAACCUGUCUCACAUUCGACGCUGGUACCUGCAAGCUAAAUGGUGUUAG